CUCGCGGCCGGGUGGAACGCCCUUGCUACGGUCAUCCGCGACAACAACUCCCUGCCUGCGCCCAUGCGAGAGCUCUUCAUCUUGCGCACUGGAGUCCUGAACAAUGCGGCAUAUGUUUGGCUGCAGCACGAGCCCGUCGGACGCGAAGUGGGCUUGACACUCGAGCAGCUGCUCGAGAUUCGCCUUACGCCCGCCUUCCUGUCGCCGCUCACGCCGAAGCCCUCGCUCACCCCCGAGCUCUCCGCCGCGCUGCUGCUCGCCGACUUUAUGACCAACGCAGUCAAGGUGCCUCAGCCUGUCUUCGACGGCCUUCACAAGUUCCUUGACGACAAGCAGAUGGUGGACGCCGUCGCCACCGUUGGAACCUACAACCUCGUCAGUCGAUUUGUGCUCGCGCUCGACGUCGACAGCAAGGCGGACGUCCCCGUACCUCUUCCCGAGUAA